CGCCACUCAAAACUUUUGAACGCUACUACAGGCUCGAUCAUCAAUAUCAACAUCUUACCCUCACCCCCAAACCGUAAACCACCACCACAACCACCACAACCCCCGCCACGAUGCCUCCAAAACGCAUGACAGCCAACCCCAUCAAGCCGGCGCGCUACCGCGCCGGCAAGCCGAUGGCGCCCGAGUCAUCCUCGUCCGAGUCGGAAGACGGCGGCAGCGACGACGAGCAGCAGAAGCGGCCCGCCGCCCCAGCGCGCAAGAUCGCCCCGCCGCCUAAGGCGCCCAGCGCGGGCAGGAUCAUCAGUACCGGCGCCGGCGGGAAGAGGCUCGGCUACGGGGCCGAGGAGGAGGCGCGCCGGGCCGCGGCGGCGAGGGCGCUGGCCGAGGCGGAGAGGAAGGCGAGGGAGGAGGGGUUUGUUACGGAGGAUGAGGAUGAGGAGGACGAGGACGACGAGAGGGAGCAGAAAGGUGCGGCUGCUGAGAGUGGUAGCUCUGAGGAGGAGGGUUCUGAGGAGGAAGAUGAAGAGGAUGACGACUCGAGCAGCGAGGAGGAGACCCCGCGGCGGUUGAUGAUGCGGCCGAAAUUCAUCCGCAAGAGCGACCGUGACGGCGCAAACGAAACCCCGGCCGGCGGAGCAGCGCCCGACGAGGCGGAGGCGGCGGCGGCGGCGGCGGCGGCCGAGGAGGCGCGCAGGAAGGCGGCGGCCGACGAGCUGGUCGAGGAGCAGAUCAAGAAGGACCUCGCGGCGCGGCGGGCGGGCAAAAAGCACUGGGACGACGACGAGGACCCGGAGGACGACGUGGACGACGAGGACGACGUGGACCCCGAGGCCGAGCGCGCGGCGUGGAAGCUGCGGGAGCUGAAGCGGAUCCGGCGCGACAGGGAGGCCAUCGAGGAGCGCGAGCGCGAGCGCGAGGAGGUCGAGCGGCGGCGAAACCUGACCGAGGACGAGCGGCGCGCCGAGGACGAGGCCUUCCUGGCGGGCCAGAGGGAGGAGAAGGAAGGCCGGGGGAAGAUGGGCUUCAUGCAGAAGUACUUCCACAAGGGCGCCUUCUACCAGGACGAGGCCAAGGCGGAGGGGCUCGACAAGCGGGACAUCAUGGGCAUGAAGUUCGCCGACGAGAUCCAGAACCGCGAGCUCCUGCCCAAGGCCCUGCAGCUGCGGGACAUGACGAAGCUGGGGAGGAAGGGCGCGAGCAAGUACAAGGACCUGAAGAGCGAGGACACGGGCCGCUGGGGGGAGCUGGACGACGGGCGCUCCGGGCGGUCGGGCUACGACCGUUUCGGAGACGAAAGAUUUCAGCCCGAUCGGGAUCGGGACUGGAAUAGGGACCGGGGCGGAGACGGCGCAAAGGGCGCGAAUGCCAUCCCGUUGGGAGAUCGGAAGCCUGUCCCCGGAGCUCCCGAGGGCCCGAGGAAUGACAGAUUUCGGGGCGAGGACAGGCACCGUUACCGUGACCGUGAGGGGGACCGUGACAGUGACAGGAGGUCGAGAUCACCCCGGAACAACCACCGAGAAGGCGACCGAGACCGUGAGCGAGACGAGUAUCGGGAUCGGCGGAAAAGGGAGUCCUCACGGGAGCGGGAUCGUCACGAGGGUGAUAAGCGUCGGCGGGUAGACGCCAGAUAAAUGGUAUCAUGAACCGCAUACCCUAAGCCCCAAGCACUAUUGUAGUAAAAUACCAAGCCUUGAUACCCGACUCCCCCGAAGUCCACGUCACCAUUGUCAUAUACAUACAUGUACAUCGUAAACCAGAGGCUCAGAUCCUCGUAAUCUCGACCCUUGCCCUCCCAAAUACGUUGUGUCCCAUCAUGCCUCCACUACUCAAGCUUUGAUCGGUCAGUGACGGGGCCUUCAGGAUCAUCCGGGCGUAGGUGCCAGCCCCCCGUCGCUUGGACAGGUAUCCGGGGUUGAUGACCAACACGCUUUCCACGACC